ACUGAUAGACAGAGUUGAUGCUGAUGCUGAUCCGGGGAGGUCCGCUUGGCUUCCUGACGUCCACUCGCUGGGGUAUCAUCCCAGCUGAGCAGGAUCCGUGGUGGAUCCAGGUGAUGCUGACCUUCCCAGGAGAGCGAGGUCACCGCCACUGCUCCCUCGCAGUCCAACUCCCAUUCAUCAACCCCUUCCACGUCCACUCAAUCAUGACAGCCAUGAGACCCAGCCAUAACAACAACGUCACCAUGACGUCAGGGUCAAGGUCAACUGUGACAGGAACAGCCCUCAAACAGCUGACGACCUUGAGACACCGCCACCACAGCGGCACCAUGACGUCAGGGUCAACUCUGAGACACCACCGCCACCACAACGGCACCAUGACCUCAGGGUCAACUCUGAGACGCCACCGCCACCACAGCGGCACCAUGACGUCAGGGUCAACUCUGAGACGCCACCGCCACCACAGCGGCACCAUGACGUCAGGGUCAACUCUGAGACUCCACCGCUACCACAACGGCACCAUGACGUCAGGGUCAACUCUGACAAGGUCAAAGAUCAUGUCGUCAGUGACAGUGAUAAACAGUUUGAUUAAAAAGACCACAGUAAUUUCAGCUUCAUAAAACAUUUUUGGGGUAUUCAAAGAAUUUCCAUAUUAAAAAAGUUACCCCAAAUCGUAUUCUUUCUAAAGUUUGACAAAAUUGUUUUUUCGUUAUGGAAAAUCAUAAUGUAAUUUUACAUAUAAACAAAUUGAAAAUAUAUGACUUAAACACAGAUGAUAGUAAAAAAAAACAACAACACUGAAAUAUGCAAAUUAACAGGAAUAGCUUUGAAAAGUGGUCCAUUCAAUUGCAGUACCCAUCUUUGUCGCGUAACAAUGGAUUGCCUAUCCCUAGCCAUUCAUGAUGGUAAACAGACAAACCGAAAGGCUCUGCUACCGGAAUACAUUGCAGUGCUAGAAGGGCAUGCAAUCCACUGUUCGCAAAAAACCUUUCUUAUGGGAAGGAUUAAUAAACAUUUUAACGUUAUUUGUGUUAUUAUAUGCCAGUAUAUAAACUACGAUUGUGAUUGAUAUUUAGAUAUAUGAUUCUGCCAAGUUAAUAUCCACCCCCUCCCUCUCUUUCUCCCCCUUCUCUUUCUCUCUAUCUCCUUCUCUCCCCUUCUCUCUAUUUCCUUUCCCCCUCCCGUUAUCUCCAUAUAUCUCUAUUUCAGUCUCUGUCUCUAGAUCCUCUCGUAUCACUUAUCUUCUCUACCUUCAAAUCGUCGAGUGUCGGAAGUUCCCUUCUCUUCAUACGAUAACAGGGCUACAAUAUUCCUGAUAAAAAGUAUUAGAUUCUAAGUUUAGUGAGCAAAAAUAAUGUUCAAUGUAUCUAAUUCCACACUUUUCUGAAUCUACACAUUCUAUUAGGCUAAUUUUGUUUUCCUACAUCUGUUUACGUGUGCUUUCAACCCAUCUUAGAUGCAAUAAUAAUAGGUUAUAUAAUAAUGUAAUGUAUUCGGAUGUAAUGUUUGUAUUCCAUUAGAACAUUUCAACCAUAAACUCAUCUCGUCCUAUAUUGUGAUGUCCUAUCUUUUUCUCGGGAUCAUUGUGUUUCAUUUUUUCUGAUAGUACUUUUUUUUAAUAGAUAGUUUCAUCGGGUGCUUUGGGUCUAUUAAUUUGUGUAAACGAAAACUAAACGUGGAUAUUCAUGGUCGUAAUACACUAUUCAUAUAGUGUCAUCUUUGAAAAAAGGGUGUAUUUUUCUUUAAAACUAGCUGAAUUUUUUUUGAAUGGGAUGUAAAGAAUAUGUCCUGGGUGGAGAGAGGUAAUGCAGAUAAACUUAAUUCUUAACCCGACGGCUAAAACUAAACGAAAUUUCCUGAAAAGAGGACGGGAGACUCGAACCCUAGAUCCACUCAUUCGAGUCACGUACCGUACUAAGAGACCACGACGUUCUGUAACUUUCUUCUUUGUGUUUGUUUCAUCUUCAUCUUACAUUUGUGUGGCUUCGACCAUAUAGUCACUAUUGAUCAUACAUUUUAGAUAGAUAUGCGUAGAUGUAGCACAAGUUAAUUGUAGCAUAGACAUUAGUUCCACAUCGUCUUUUCAGUAUCUUUCCAUUUCAUCUCUUUCAUAUUGAUCUUUCCCGAAUUUCCAUUUAUGUAAAUUGUGUGCUUGUAAAGGUUGUUUGGGAUCGGUUGUAGGAAAGUAAAUGUUUCUCAAAGUUUAUUUCGCUCGUCAAAUCUAAGCCACCCCUUUCUCUCUUUUCAUUAAUGUGUAUUCAUGAUAAACAUUUGAUAACCCGCGCAUGCGCGGAUCAAGUGUAUUUGAACAAAAUAACACAUUGGCGGAAAGGAGAGAGAGGAUUGAUGGAUUUAGGAGUGAUCUUGUAUUUCUUUGAUAAAUUGAAUAAAAUAAACACAUUCAAAAACAAA